AUGGCAGGCAAGCGGAAGAGGAGUGGACAGCUUUGCGUCACCAACGCAUGCACGAAGGUAGCGCGCAGCAAGAAUCACUGCGUGGAGCACGGAGGCGGCCGCCGUUGCCUGACAGAAGGAUGCACAAAGUCGGCUGCUGGCAAGACAGACCAUUGCGUAGAGCACGGAGGCGGCCACCGGUGCCUGACAGAAGGAUGCACAAAGUCGGCUGCUGGCAAGACGGACCGCUGCAUAGAGCACGGAGGCGGCCGCCGGUGCUUGACUGAGGGCUGCAAGAAGUCUGCACAGGGCAAGACAGACCACUGCAUAGAGCACGGAGGCGGCCGCCGGUGCCUGACUGAGGGAUGCACAAGAGGGGCACAGGGGAAGACGGACCACUGCAUAGAGCACGGAGGCGGCCGCCGGUGCCUGACUGAGGGAUGCACAAAAGGGGCACAGGGGAAGACGGACCACUGCAUAGAGCACGGAGGUGGCCGACGGUGCCGGACCAGGGGUUGCACGAAAGCUGCACGGGGCAAAACGGACCACUGCGUGGAGCAUGGGGGCGGCCGCCGUUGUGAGAGAAGCGGGUGCACAAAAUCAGCAGCAGGCAAAACGGCGCACUGUGUAGAACAUGGGGGCGGCAGCCGGUGCCUGACCGAUGGGUGCACAAAGUCGGCCGUUGGCAUGACGGACCACUGUGUGGAGCACGGAGGCGGGAAUCGCUGCAUUGUCUGCUCUGGAGUGUCCGUUCCUUUCUCUGGUGGGGCUUGCUACUCGUGCCGGUCUGGCACGUCUCUCAAGAAGUGGGAGACAUUGACCACCCAAUGGCUCCGCAACCUGGACUGGCCCUGGUCCUAUAACGACGAGACGCUCCCGUGCGCCAAUGCAAUGUCUACACGGGACAAGUCGUGCAUCAAGCGCCCCGACUACGUCUUCGUCUUUGAGACGCACGCUGUCAUCCUUGAGGUCGACGAGAAUUACCACCGCUACUACGAGAUCUCGUGCGAAGUAGACCGCAUGGGCAAAAUCAAGGAUCUUGUGAGGCUCCCGCUGCACUUUGUGCGCUUCAACCCGGCCAAGACGCGCUACCCGCUCCUCAAAGACCUCCUCGAACGCCUCUUUCGGGACCCUGAAGGGGCACAGAACGCUGCAGGCGUUCUCGUGCACUUUGUUGGUUACCCAGAGGAUAGGAUUCAGGACCUCGAAGAUCAGGAGGAGUUCUGUUAUGAGUACGAGAGGAUUGCAUGCAGGGCUGCGAUGUAG